ACCGUGAUUGAGACCAGAUUUGUAGUAGGAGAGAGGCCACCUUCUUCCGGACGAAAACACCAUAUACACGGUAGACACAACAGCGGUUCGACGUCCUCGGGUUGCUCGGACGUCACGAUGCCCAAGGAAGUGUCUUUGCCGACGCGCAAAAAGAUGCGCAAGGGGACUCAUAGUUGCUUCGAGUGCCGUCGUCGUAAGAUCAGAUGUAUAUUCCCACCGGACAAUUCAGACGUCUGUUCUGAAUGUUUCGCGCGGGGGAGUCGCUGCGUGGACCAAGAAAAUGCCGACCCCGACAUAGUCGUCGACCACAGGAAGAAUCUUCGUGAACGCGUAUCCCGGCUCGAGGCUCUUGUCGACUCGUUGCUCGAAGAAAAGACAGAGAAGAGUGUUUCCGACGUCACUUCCAUAUCAUCCAAACCACCCAACCCCAUCAACAAAGAUGCAUAUCCACCCACUCCCCUCUCGUCGAAAGCAUCCUCGGCAAUAGUUCAAGAUGCACAGAGAUCGCAACUCGACCAGGGGCAUCACGUUCCCAUCUUGUCCGUCUUUGAAGCUGCUCUCAACGAUGCGGAAGAGCGUAUCAAAGCAAGAAUGGGGCCUCCUCGUCAAGGAUCCACUCCCAAACCGGCUGACGUAGAAGAUGAUCGCUUCACUGUAAGCUACAAGAAUGAAAGUGAUGUCAUGGACGGCUCGUCACAACGUCAGAUGGCGAAGAAGGAGCAAGCACGUCAGGCACUCCUCGCCAUGCUUCCACCUCAGCCUCAGCUUAACAACAUAUUGAAUAGUAAUAGUGACUGGUGGGCGACAUGGCGGCGUAAAUGUAGCGGCACGUGCUCGGCGCAAAACGAGACGCUCGCUCAAUUCGCCAGCAAAGCCCUGAAUGGAGGGAACAUCGCUGCUCUAGGAACCGUUGUUCUUGGGGUUGGCAUAUGUUUCGAUGAAGAGCGUGAAGUGGAUAAAUACCUAGACGCUGUUGAUCGGUGGGUGCUCGCCGAUGAUGAAUACGCCGCGACUCUAGAGGGUAUGGAACUCCUGAUUUUGAAGGCGAAAUGGUUCGCCGAUGUAGGCCAGCCCCGACGGGCCUGGUUGGCGUACAGAAAGGGGCUGAUGUAUACGCAACUCAUGGGUCUCCAUCGCAAGCGGACCAACUCGGCAGCUCACGAGUCAAUUUGGUGGAGCCUUUACCAUGGUGAUCGGUUUCUCUCCCUCCUUUUGGGUCUUCCAUACGGGAUCCUUGACGCUCAUUGUGAUCUCACCCUCCCCGAAAUAUCUACAGACGGACCCUAUAUCCCACCUUUGGUCUUCAUGAAUCGUGUCAGCACUCUGGCCGGCAAAGUCAUUGAUCGCAAUCAAGGUGUCCAUCAACAAUCUUUUGCAUGGGCCCUCCAGAUUGAUCAAGAACUAGAAGAUCUGUACAAACAACUCGAUCCAGAAUGGCUCGAAUACUCUGCCCUGCUCGCUGAUGUCGAGAAAAAUGCCGCAGACAUUCACGAAAAGAUCAUGACCCAAGUGGUAUACAACCAAAUUCGCGUUCACCUACAUCUUCCCUUCAUGCUGAAGUCUCAAACAAAUACUCGCUUCAGUUACUCUCGAACCGCUUGUCUUUCUGGCUCCCGGGAAGUUCUACGCCUCUAUCAAGCCCUGAGGGCUGGAGUCGUACAGCCUUUAUACGAAUGCAAAGCCGUUGACUUUAUCGGCUUCACCUCCGCGGUACUAGUGAUGCUCGGUAUCUUCAAUUACGGUGCGCAUAGCUCAGUUGUCUCCCUAAAGGAAAAGGAGGAAGAUAUCCGCUUGAUAGAAAUCAGCAUCGACAUUUUCCGGCGAGCUUCAUCCGAAAAAGGAGGGAAGGUUGCAAUGCAAAGUGGUGAUGUGCUCGAAAAAAUGCUACAAAAAUACCGGGCCGAACAAGCAGGACAAAUAGACAAUGACCCAGAUUGUCACGGGCCUGACAAGAUGGAGUUUGUCAUCCCUUAUUUUGGAACCAUCUCUAUCCAGAGAGGUGGGAAAUCAGCCACUUUUGACGACACUCCCGAGAAGGUAGCGGCUAGGAAAGCUACUGCCGCACACGCAACAGCAACCCGCCCCAAUCCGCAGCUGACACCUGCAUCGGACACUGCGUCCAGUGUAGACUUCUUCUCGCGGUCUACCACUUCGAACCCCGGCCUGACCACACCCUCCACAAAUCCUACGUCGAGCGCAUCGCCUUUGCAAGGCCAGCAAUCUGGAUUCGGCGAUCCAUUCGUGUCUUACGACGGGUUCUACAACUGGGACACGGCACUGGACACACCCAGCGUAACAGAGGCCGGCACUGCCACUGGAUCACAAAUCAACAACGAUUCCCUCAGCAACUUCCCGCUCCCUACCAACAACUUUUCGUGGCAGAACAUGCCGAUGGAUAUUGACCAGGACUGGAGUUGGUUCUUGAAUGAUGGGGGAAUGAACGUUGGAGGAGGUGGAGGUGCCCCCGUGGCGAACAAUAACAAUCAAGCGGUGAGCGACAUGUUUGCUCAACAAGCAUUCUCUGGAUUUGGAUAG